GGCCAGCCCAGGAGCCGCGGGCCGGAGCGGGGCGGCGGGGCCCCAGGCCGCGGGGCGGCGCGGGACGGCGGGCGCGGGCGCCGUUAGACGUGCUGUGGAUUCUGAAUUCUGAUUUGCUGUACGUAUCAAGAUUUUUUUGUUAAACACUAAGACAUGAACACAUGCAUUAGCCAAGGCCGGCACAAGGUCAGUCACCAGUGUCACUGCCUUCUGCCUCCACACCUGGUCCCCCUAGAAGGUCUUCGCUGGCACUAACAGGCCUGGAGCUGUCAUCCCCUGUGAUAACGGUGCCUCCUCCUGGAUGCCUCCUGAAGGACCUGUUAUAUAACAGUUUUUGGCCAGGGCUGGGUUUGAACACACCACCUCUGAUACAUGGGGCUGGCGCCCUACUCCUUGAGCCACAAGCGCCACCCGUUUCUGCCCUUUUCUGAAACUCUUUGUUAUGUUGUCUGUGGAAAUCACCCAGUAGACAUGAUGAACAUCAAGGCCUUCACGCUGGUCUGUGCCGUGGAGCGGGAGCUGCUGGUGGCCGGCAAGGAGUGUGUCAGCAUAGAGUGCGUGGAGUGCUGCGGCAGGGACCUGUACGUGGGCACCAACGACGGCUUCAUCUACCACUUUCUGCUGGAGGAGAAGCCUGUGCCCACUGGGACUGCCACGUUCACGGCCACCAAGCAGCUGCACAGACACCUGGGUUUCAAGAAGCCCGUGAAUGAGCUGCGGGCGGCCUCGGCUCUCAACAGGCUGCUGGUGCUGUGUGACAACUCCAUCACCCUGGCCAACAUGCUGAGCCUGGAGCCCGUCCCCUCAGGGGCCCGCAUCAAAGGAGCAUCCACCUUCACUCUGAACGAGAACCCCGUGAGCGGGGACCCGUUCUGCGUGGAGGUUUGCAUUAUUCCUGUUAAACGCAGAACCAUCCAGAUGUUUCUGGUGUAUGAGGAUCGGGUGCAGAUCGUCAAGGAGGUGUCAACACCAGAGCAGCCCUUCGCUGUGGCUGUGGACGGACACUUCCUGUGCCUGGCCCUGUCCACUCAGUACAUCAUCCUGAACUACAGCUCGGGUGUCUCCCAGGACCUGUUUCCCUACUGCAGUGAGGAGAAGCGGCCCAUCGUCAAGAGGAUAGGGAGGCAGGAGUUUCUGCUGGCAGGCCCCGGGGGGCUGGGCAUGUUUGCCACAGUUGCUGGGAUUUCCCAGCGUGCCCCUGUGCACUGGUCAGAGAACGUGAUUGGGGCAGCUGUUUCCUUUCCGUAUGUCAUAGCGCUCGAUGACGAAUUCAUCACAGUUCAUAGCAUGUUGGAUCAGCAGCAAAAGCAGACCCUGCCCUUUAAGGAAGGCCACAUCCUGCAGGACUUUGAAGGAAGAGUGAUUGUUGCCACAAGUAAAGGAGUUUACAUCUUGGUUCCAUUACCUCUGGAAAAACAAAUACAGGAUCUUCUAGCAAACCGUAGAGUGGAAGAGGCUUUGGUUUUAGCCAAAGGGGCCCGGAGGAACAUUCCAAAAGAGAAAUUUCAGGUCAUGUACAGAAGGAUUCUGCAGCAGGCGGGGUUUAUACAGUUUGCACAACUUCAGUUCCUGGAAGCUAAAGAGCUCUUCAGAAGCGGCCAGCUUGACGUCCGGGAGCUGAUCUCUCUCUACCCCUUCCUGUUGCCUACCUCCUCCUCCUUCACCCGGUCCCACCCUCCUCUCCACGAGUAUGCAGACCUGAACCAGCUGACCCAAGGGGACCAGGAGAAGAUGGCCAAGUGCAAGCGAUUCCUCAUGAGCUAUCUGAACGAAGUCCGCAGCACAGAGGGAGCAAAUGGCUACAAGGAAGACAUCGACACAGCCUUGCUCAAGCUCUAUGCGGAGGCCAACCACGACAGCCUGCUGGACCUCCUGGUCACUGAGAACUUCUGCCUUCUGACGGAUAGUGCCGUCUGGCUGGAGAAGCACAAAAAGUAUUUUGCACUUGGACUGCUCUAUCAUUAUAACAACCAAGAUGCUGCUGCAGUUCAGUUGUGGGUGAACAUUGUGAAUGGGGACAUCCAGGACUCCACGCGCUCGGAUGUGUACGAGUACGUCGUUGAUUUCCUCACCUGCUGUGUAGACCAGGAGCUGGUGUGGGCCCACGCCGACUGGGUCCUGCAGAGGAGUGAGGAGGUUGGAGUUCAAGUUUUCACCAAAAGACCUUUGGACGAACAGCAGAAUAGUUUUAAGCCAGAUGACAUUAUCAGUUGCCUUAAAAAAUACCCUAAAGCUCUUGUUAAAUAUCUGGAACAUCUCGUUAUGGACAAGAGUCUGCAGAAAGAAGAGUAUCACACACACUUAGCGCUCCUCUACCUGGAAGAGGUGCUGCAGCAGAGGACCCCCACCAGCAGCCAGGGUGCAGAAGCCACCGAGACGCAGGCCAAACUGCGGCAUCUCCUGCAGAAGUCUGAUUUGUACCGAGUCCACUUCUUGAUAGAGAAGAUCCAGGGCGCAGGCCUGCCCAUGGAGCGCGCCAUCCUUCACGGGAAGCUGGGUGAGGACGACAAGGCCCUGCACAUCCUGGUGCACGAGCUGAAGGACUUCUCUGCGGCCGAGGACUACUGCCUGUGGUGCUCCGAGGGCCGGGACCCAUCCCGCCGUCAGGGCCUCUUCCACACACUGCUCUCCAUUUACCUCCGCGCCGGGCCCUCCGCCCAUGAGCUGACCGUGGCCGCCAUGGACCUGCUGAACCGCCACGCCACAGAGUUCAAUGCGGCCCAGGUGCUGCAGCUGCUGCCUGACACAUGGUCUGUGCAGCUUCUUUGUCCGUUCCUGACGGGGGCCAUGAGAAACAGCGUCCAUGCCAGGAGGACCAUGCAGGUAGCCGUGGGCCUGGCCAAGUCAGAAAACUUAAUCUACACCUGCGACAAGAUGAAGUUGAAAGGAAGCUCAGUUCGGCUGUCAGACAAAAAGCUUUGCCAGAUGUGCCAAAAUCCCUUUUGUGAGCCUGUGUUUGUUAGAUAUCCAAAUGGUGGUCUCGUGCACACGCACUGUGCUGCCAGCAGACACACGAACCCCAGCUCACCCAGCCCUGGCACCCGGACUUGAAAAAAAACUUGGCCUGAAGGCACAAGGGGAAUUCCAAGUCCUUUACCAAGCCUGCUGGAUGCAAAGAAAGAGCAGACAGCCAGGCCCUCUGUGUCCACCAGGACGAAGGGAAUACAUCUGGGUGCCUUUGUCCACGUGAAACAAGGACUUUUCACUUCUGACUACUCUCUGUGAAUGUACAUGGAAAAUCCCUGAAAAUCCCCCAAAUAGAGACAUGCAAGAGUUCACCUGUCCAGGAACAUAGUUAGUAAUCCAAAACAAAAGUCUACUUCGAAAGAAAGUGAGUCUUCCCUGUAUAAUCCAGACACAGAUGAGGGGUUUACGCCACCCCAGCCCCUCCAUUUCUAGACACACAUCUGCUUCAGUGUGGUAUGAAGUGAAGCCCUCUCCUGCCUGGGCAAGUGACCAGAGCACAGGGACCUGUGGUGGGCAGCCUUGCAUUCCAACAGAGGUGCGUUCUCCAUCCAUAAGGUGAUUCUUUUUCCCAGGGUAACCUAGGGGCCCUGCCUUUGCCCUUAGAAACAGCUGAUCUUGGGGAAGGAUCUGGUUCCUUUCUUCCCUUCUGGCUCUCACUCGCCAAAAGAUUUUGCCUUGUUUACCCAAGCACUCACUUUAGGGUAAAUUCAUAUGCUUCUGGCUGCCUAGCAAGUGAAAAUCUAUUUAGGAACCGAGAAAGCCGACCUUAAAGAAGGUGGCAGAAAGGAGAAUGUCAUGGUCAGUGAGGGCCCAGGUAUGUGUUCCUUUCCUCUCCGUUAUCUGCUGAUCUGAAACUCCAUGAUUAACAUGUUUGUCUAAACAUUUAAAUUUGUCUGAUCAUUGUAAUUUUUCUAUUGUUUAGAAAAAUUCAUCUGUCCUAUUCAUUAGGAAUAUUUUCUUUCAUUAGAAUGUACCUCCUAAUGAAUAUUUGGGAGAUUAAAAGGGAAAUGUGAUGAGCACAAACUGAGCGUUCGUUCCAGGAGAGGCCGGCUUUCCCCUGGCACUUUUUAGGAGGGCAGGCCCUGGGUACCCUGGAGGGUACGUUUGCCCCGCACACCCUUACGAGGAUGUCCAGUCAGGCUGCUUUACCCUCCAGCACUUUAAGUGCCUGCUCUGCGGUUUUCUGAACAUGCAGAAAAUGCCUCUCAUCCUAACAGUCGUCUGGGGAUUCCCUUUGUGUUUCUAUGUGAAGUCAUACGAAGUCAUGACUUUACACAGAAACACAAAGGAGUCAACUCCAUCAAGCUGGAGUUGUUGUCACUUCAUCCCCCUCUUUUGAAUUUCUUCAUUGUGGUUAUUGAUUCUCUUAGGAACUAACAGUAAAGACAGUGCACCCCUUACCAUAAUGCUUGGAAGACAGGUGUUAGUUUGUACCAGGACAAGAGAGGACCCUGGAACACCCCCUCUCUGUAUCAGCCCAAGGUGGGAUAAGGAGCUAGCUCAUCCUCUGUCCUUUAAAAAAAUCUUUCCUGUACUAAUAAUGGUCAGCGUAUUUUUUUUUUUUUCAUUUCGUGAUUCCAGUUGGGCCAAGGUACAAAAGCAUCCAUGUGUUGUUUGAGGUGGGGGGAGGAAAUUAGCACCAUUUUUUCCUAACUAUGUUUCAAUUAUAUAAAGAAUAAAUGAUGAAGAAAUUCUCCUUGUAGCUCACAUGUAUGCUGUAUCCAUUGGUAUGCACUCAGAGCCUGGUCGUGAGUUUUACCCUGUGGGUAACUCUUAAAGAAUGGUCAUAUUAUUGUGUAUAUUAUCAAUACAACUUGUGAAUUUGAGUUUAUAUUUCUCAAAGAACGAGUUACCCAUGUAUGCAAUAUUGCACUCUAAAAAGCACUGUUUCCUCUGUACACAAAAUGGGUAAAGUCUUGAAAAAACUCUGUGAUUGCUCAUUCCUGACUUGGGGACACUAGUCUCUUUUCUCUGAACGCUGAUCAAUAUUUUGGAACAUUUGUCAUCCUUUAGAAUAGUGGAGAUUAAAGCCGAGCAGUUUUCCAUCUCUACUAAAUCUUUUAGCACAAGCAGAAUUCUAUGACAAUAUGCAGAAUUAUCCGGUAUGUUAAAAACCAUACCUUUCUCUAACCUUUCACUCCUACAAGCCCUUUUCUGAAAUCGUAUUUUUAAGAGAAAUAUAUGGUUCUUUCUAACAGGCCUGCUGAUUUGUGACUGUGCAGUUGAAUAGAGCAAUUAGAACCACCACUCAGGCCUUUUCUCCCUCAUUAGGUUCAGUGUAACCAUUCUAGUUAAAACAGCAUGAACUGAAUUCAGUUUACAUUCACCUUCCGUGGGCAGUACCAUUUGGUUUUAUGAACUGUUUAUCUGCUGUUGCCUAUCAAGGAUUAAUGUAGGAGUGUCCUGUGCACUGGGGUGCAUGGCUCCUGCUGCUGGGCUUGCUAAAUACACUCGCUCACCUCGGGAUUGUGGGCAGGGAGCCAUGGCCUGGCACCAUUCAGUGGACGCCUGUUAAGACGCAUUGAGUGGCUCUUACUUUUUGCUCUCUCUCCCAUAGAAACCUUUGUCCCUGCAACUUUAUCUCGCUCCAAUUGGGUCCCAAAUACACAAGAUGUACAAAUGUAAACUUGUUGAUUUUAUUAAAAUUCUUUUAGUUAUUUGUUCUUUCUGUAAUUUUUUUGUCAAAUAAAAACCAUCUUGGUGGAGUGCAGGUU